AUGAAACUUCUGUGCGCAUACCAAGGGACGACACUUCGAAGAGACCAAUGUGAAUACCAUCGCUUGGGCUCCAAUUAUAAGCUUACCCUCCUUACGCUGUCUCGUAGUGCCGCUUAUAUCCCGAAACUAUGGCCUGCCAUACUGAGCACCAUUUGCUACGCUGUAUCUGGGCUGGUACAUUGGCGGCACUAUGUCAUCAUGCGCCAGAAGUAUAUGCUAACACUUACAGUGGGGAUGACCCUCAUGUCUGUGGGUCUUAUGGUCCGAAUGAUAUACUCGUUUUCAUCGACGUCACUUGGUUUGUAUAUUUUCACGACGCUUCUCGUCCUGCUCUCGCCCUGCGCCUUCUUGGCUACGGACUACGUGCUGCUCGCGCGCAUCUCACACACACUCGGUCCUGAAAUUGCUAACAAAUGCCUCUUGGUUCCGUCCUCUCGGAUCGUCAAGAUAUUCAUAUGGAGUGAUGUCGUGACGUUCUUGCUCCAGAUGUCUGGCGGUGGGAUGGGGGCUAUCGCAGGCAAUAUCGCAAAACUUGGGCAGAAGGCAUAUCUCCGUGAUUGGCCUGGUGCUUCAACUCAUCUCGUUUGCAUUCUUCACGGUCGUCAUACUCGUGUUCGGAUGGAGAGUGUAUAUUUGUCCAUCUUCCUUUUACAACAGGAUAGAAUUUCUAAUAUAUUUCUUCGUAGGCUUACCGUGUUUCCGAGCUUAUGGUUCCCGCGUAAAAGAUCGUCGUUCCAUCUCAUGCAACCAUGGGAGACUCAUGCCAUCGAAGACUGGCGAAUUCUUUUUUUCGCAAUGUGCUGCACGUGCGUGGGGAUCCUGAUACGAUCGGUCUUCCGCAUCGCUGAGCUCUCUCAAGGGUACGUUCCACUCUUCAAACGUUCCGGCAGCGGGGGAAUGAAGUCCUAA